CUAAACACACUUAGCCCGACCUUGUCUCACUUGAAUAACAACAGUAAAGGACGCCUGACUGAACUACUCAGUUUUAAUGUGCGCGCUUUCCAUGAGAGUGUGCUGUGUAGUCGCUGUUAGGUUGGAAGCAUAGGUUCGACAUGGAGAACGGAACCGUUGCUGAUAUCGAGCUGGAGGAGGUUCGAGAUGAAACAGUACCACUCCAGAGAACUCGGGAGGCCAAGGAGAGGGCUGAAGCCAUCCUAGCUAACAUCCACAGUAUCGUCACUUAUGGCAUCGAUGAUAGGCCACCGUGGUACUCGACUGUCGUGCUUGCAUUUCAGCACUUUCUUACGGAGAUGAGCAGCCUGUUUACCUACCCGCUAAUUAUUGCUCCAGUAAUGUGUUUUCAGGGUGACUUGCUCACCAACGCCCAACUGAUCUCGACUGUCUUCGUCGUGUCCGGAAUUCAGACAUUCCUACAAGCCACUUUUGGAAGCAGACUUCCAAUCGUCCAAGGCCCAUCGUUCGCUUUUAUUCUGCCGGUCUUCUCUCUUAUGAACCUCCGAGAUGAAUGCCCAGCUGAUGUAGGAGCCUAUCCAGAAAAUACGACCAAUCUUACUGAAAUCCAAGAAGAAAGUCGGCUUGAAUUUAGAGAUAGAAUGCAAGAACUUCAAGGGGCAGUCCUCAUUGCGUCGCUCUACGAAAUGUUUGUCGGCUUUACCGGCAUAACCAGUCUUGUUUUGAAGUUCAUAGGACCACUCACCAUCGCACCUACUAUCGCUCUCAUCGGUAUGUCCCUGUUCAACGUGGCAUCUGCGAACGCCAGCCAACACUGGGGCAUUUCAGGAAUGACCGUUGUUCUCAUCGGGUUGUUUUCUCAGUACUUGGAUCGAUUUCCGGUCCCUUGCCCGGGUUAUACAAAGUCUAGAGGAGUCCGGCUUACCAGGUUCCCUUUGUUUAAGUUAUUCCCGGUUUUUUUAAGCAUAAUGAUAGCAUGGGUAGUCUGCUACAUUUUGACUGCAACGGAUGUAUUUCCCGAUGACGAGAAUGCCAUUGGAUACACUGCCAGGACGGACAUCAAGUCAGCGCAACUCCGGGAAACACCGUGGUUUUAUCUGCCUCUUCCAGGUCAAUGGGGCUUGCCUCGAGUAACCGCAGCCGGAGUUCUGGGAAUGAUAGCUGGUUGUACUGCGUCUAUCGUUGAAUCCAUCGGAGAUUACUUCGCCUGCGCCAAGCUAGCGGGUGCACCGCCUCCGCCCGACCACGCCAUUAACAGAGGCAUUGGAAUGGAAGGGGUCGGUGGCCUGCUGUCAGCCUGUUGGGGGACGGGUGUUGGAGCGACUUCGUACAGCCAGAAUAUCGGUGCAAUUGGUAUAACAAAGGUCGGUAGUCGCAUUGUAGUGCAGGUGAUGAGUGUGAUGGUCGUCGUCCUUGGUAUUUGGCUCAAGGCUGCUGCUUUCUUAGCUACCGUCCCAGCUCCCGUCAUCGGAGGAGUCAUGGUGGUAACAUUUGGUAUCGUGACUGCUGUUGGAAUCAGCAAUCUGCAGUAUGUGGACAUGAACUCGCCCAGAAACUUGUUUAUCUUUGGUGUAUCGCUCUACAUGGGGACUGCUGUUCCUUCUCACAUCAACAGUAACCGAGACCAAAUAAAUACAGGGUCUGAGAUAUUUGACGAAAUGCUGAUCAUAAUUCUUGGGACAAGCAUGUUCAUUGGCGGAGCAACUGGCUUUUUACUCGACAACACCAUACCAGGGACACCCGAAGAAAGGGGCCUGGUGCAGUUCAAACAGUUACAAGGAAUGGAAACGACCGACCCCAAAGGCACUUCGGAUGAAGCCUCAAGUCAGGAUGACAAAGCUCUUCAGAGGGAAAUCGCUGUAUACGUCAACAAAUGCUACGACUUUCCAUUUGGAAUGUCAUUGGUCAGGGGUGCGAGUUGGACCAGAUAUAUUCCAUUUUGUCCAACAUUUCGGGGUUUCAGUUUUCCUUGCAUCAAGUGCUUCUCGGAAAGGGAUAAGACUGUAUAAAAAGUUCUAGAUGAGCUUAACAUCGCUAGACUGUAGGGAUAUACUUUAUUCUGGCACUUCUGGCAAUGUAAACCCCUUUUGUUUUGUAAUUGGUAUAGACCUACAAA